AGAAGAGAGGAUUUUGGGAGGGCCUAUUGGCAGAAGCUCCCCAGUAGCUACAAGGAGGUCAUCAAGAAGAUGGAGCCAGGUUCUUCUAAUGGUACAUGGCAGGAGGAUGAAAGAAUGGACGUGCACUGGACCAAAGAGGAGAAUUACAUGUUCAGGCUGUCGGUGUUUCGGGAUCCGUUGCGGAAGUGGCUCUGGGACAACCCCCGUGCCAUUUCCCCUGAGCCUUUCUACCAGCGCGUGCUCCACUGGCUGGAAGAGGACUUGCCGGACUUGUCCGUCUCUCGUGAGAGAAGCCGGCUGCAGUGGGGUAUCCCUGUCCCCAGUGACUCGACACAAACUAUUUAUGUAUGGGUGGAUGCCUUGGUGAACUAUCUGAGCGUGGUGGGCUACCCCGAGACGCACGGUGAGUGGUGGCCAGCUGCGCACCACGUUGUCGGCAAGGACAUCCUCAAGUUUCAUGCUAUCUACUGGCCAGCACUGCUGAUGGCAGCGGGGCUGGCCCCCCCUGAGCGAAUCUUCGUGCACUCCCACUGGACUGUUGCGGGACAGAAGAUGUCCAAAAGCCUGGGCAAUGUGAUUGACCCCUUUGCUUGUAUUGGACAGUACACCGUAGAUGGAUUUCGGUACUUCCUGCUAAGGCAGGGUGUACCGGAGCGGGAUUGUGACUAUUAUGAUGAGAAGGUGGUUAAGCUAGUGAAUUCAGAGCUGGCAGAUGCACUUGGGGGGCUUCUGAAUCGAUCAACAGCCCUCAGCAUUAACCCCAGCAACACUUACCCUUGUUUCUCUGAGUCUUGUUUUCCAAAGGUCUUGGAUUACAGGGAGACAAAAGGCACGGGCAGGGCUUCUGCUGAAGACUAUGAGUUUGUGGCAUCUGUUGCUUCUCUGCCUCUGCAGGUGGCUAGUUAUUUUGAAGGUUUCCAGAUCUACAAGGCUUUAGAAUGUAUCGCCCUGUGCGUAAGGCAGACCAAUGGUUUCUUCCAGAGACACAGGCCUUGGAAACUCGACCGAAAAGACCCUGCAGACCAGCUCUGGCUUGACACCAUCAUCCACGUUACGCUGGAAUGCCUGCGUGUCUACGGGACUCUCCUGCAGCCUGUGAUCCCACACACUGCAGACAAGUUGCUUUCCAGGCUGGCUGUUGAGCCAGAAGAGAGAGGUCUCUCAAGUUUGAUGUUUCUGCCACGCUACAAUGGGAAGCCGUGUCCCUUUGAAGGGAGACAGCUUGGGCCUGACACCGGCGUCUUGUUUCACAGACUAGAGAAGUCCAGACAGCAUCAGAGAGAAACCAAGAAGCUCUAGUCUCUGACAAACAGCUACCGUAAAUAAAAGUCUCCGGG